CCUGGGUACUCCUCAAGGUGAUGGACCCCACCCCCUCGGAACUAUGGUGCUUCACGUGCCAUCGGAACCCGCGGUCUUCGAUUAAUUUCUGUCUUGUCUUCGACUUUGAGAUAUAAUGAACCAGCCAGUCCAUCAAAGUUCAACCAGGAAACAUCCAGAGAAACAUCAUCCACCAUGGCGGGCAAGUUCGAACCCAAGACACCAGUCAACCUGGACCCUCCCAAGCUGGAUGUCAAGAUCGCUCGUGAAGAACUCGAAAAGGCAACUGGGGAGAACGGUGGAAAGUGCUACGUUGCAAUCAAGGGACUGGUAUACGACGUGACAGGUAACAAGGCUUACCAACCGGGAGGCUCAUACCACGUUUUCGCGGGACAUGACGCCUCCCGCGCCCUGGGCAAGACGUCGACCAAGGCCGAGAAUGUUAGCCCCGACUGGAAGACCCUGGACGAGAAGGAACAGGGCGUGCUGAACGACUGGAUCACCUUCUUCAGCAAGAGGUACAACGUCGUUGGCGUUCUCGAAGGUGCUGAUAAUAUGGAGUAGUCAAGAAAUACAAGCACCGGAGCAGCGGUUAUUGCAUUGAACCUGUUGAGCCCAUCCGCUGGUAUCUUAUCAAUGCACUCUUGCACUUGUGUUAUUUGCCCUUUGGACCUGCAAAUUCACCCCCAAAAAUGGUAUUGUAUUGUGGUAUACCAUACCGGACUUGCAGGAGUCCAUGAACGACAGUUCCUGGCAAGGUUUUUGAUUCGUCCUGACGCGAGCAAAGGAUUGAUCGCGGCAGACUGCAUACAUACAAGGUUCUGCCCGUAAUGGCCAUGAAGACGUUGUGGCGCUCCACCCCAUAACAAGGGUUUUGACGUGCAUCGGCGACAAUAGUUGCAGAUAUAUCACCACGUUGGGCACAACAGCCUCGUCUCAACCUGCCCACCCAAUAUCAACGCACACGCAAGCCAAUGCAUCCCCAUCAACCACCCUGCGGAAGUCCGCAUCAACUAACCGCCCAAAUGCACCCCACGAGGAGGGGGGAAAGCGGAGCUCCCUGGGCGGUUCUGGACCCGCCUAUCUAGUUUUCAGAUGAGCUAAUCGGCAUCGCACUGUGGUAUUUUCCCGAAACCGUUGAGGGUGGCCCGGUGUGCUCUGUUGUCUUUCGCACAUGAUGCAGUUUACCGCUGUCAGAAGAGAAGAGAGAGAGAGAGAGAGGGAAGGUCCCGACGGCGGACGACAUGGACGGGAGACACCUCGGUGUGGGCUGCUCCUCGCACAAAGAUCCAAAUUUCCCGGGGCAACAAUUUUUUUCUUCCGGACAGGGUAAUUGUGUGGAAGGAUUUCGGGCUCGGUCUGCCUAGUUGCAUGCAGCCUCGAUUAGCGAGGACAGUUUGCAGGCCGGUGUGCGUCGCUUCUCUGGGCUGUCUUGUCAGGUCCGGCUUGCGUGGAGGAAGUAUUGCUUGCUCUGCUACGCGAAACUCGGGGGAAAAAAGGGUGAGAUGUAUCGAUGAUUGAGGUUCAGUGCACCGCGAUAGCCCCAAAGAUUCGGAGAAUAAUUGGAUACGUACAAGCUUGGUCUACAUAUGGCUUGUAGCUAAUGAGCAGAAUUUACAGGUUCCCAAGCAGAGCCGCUACCUCCCAAACCCAACCAAGUCAAGCGAAGCACGGUAACACCCGAAAAGAGGUGACCGUUGCACAUGUUUAUUCCAUUUCAUUUCUCAUAAAGUCGUAUAUGUGACCUCGACCCCAAAAUCCCCAACAGACAGCUAAAAAAGGGAGAGGAAAAACAAGAAGAAAGAAACUGUUGGGAAAUGUGGAAAGCAACAGAGGAAGCAAGAGAGAGAAAGCAUCCCCAGAGUGUGGAAGAGGAAUUAGUGCCCCGAAUUCUCAGUUGUGUCACUUUCACUGAUGCUGUUGUUGAUGUUGCUGCUGCUGCUGCUGUUGCUGCUGCUGAAGCAGCAUCUGUUGGUGCUGUGCCCAUAGCCACUGGUUGCGCUGCCUCCAGUGCUCCUCGCACUCGACGUUCUGGUCCCAG